AUGGGAUUUUUCGAAGGACUUUCAUUCUUUCAAAUCUACGUGAUUAUUGGAGUUGCUCUUUGGUUUGGUUGUUAUGGUUUUUUCCACGGUAUGGUGGAUGAUCGUGGCGAUGUGCUUCUCUGUGUGGGCACGAUUUCGCUGACCGCCUACUACCUAGGAAUGCUCGGGCCUCACAUGAUGGCCCUGAUGAAAGCACGUAUGGCGGCUGCUAUUAUUUACAAAACUAUUGAUAGGGUGCCUUCUGCCGACUGCGGAAGGAAAGGUCUCAGGAAGGAAGUUUUGGCAGGACGUAUUGCUCUCAAAGAUGUUCACUUUUCGUAUUCAACCCGAAACCACUGCGUUCUCAAUGUAUGUUUCCACAAUUGCACAAAUAAUGGUUGA